AUGGAGAUGGCUGACCAGAGAGCAGAAAAUAAUGUCGUCUCCGGCCAACCCCAAAAUAGUAUUGCAGACUUUGAUCCUCCAAAGAAACCCAAGACAAAGAAGUUUGCUGUUGCCUGUGCCGUUUUGGCUUCAAUGACGUCUAUCUUACUGGGUUAUGAUAUUGGUGUAAUGAGUGGAGCGUCUCUCUUCAUCAAAGAAAACCUCAAUAUCAGCGAUGUUCAAGUUGAAGUUCUUAACGGUACCUUGAAUAUAUACUCUCUCAUUGGCUCCGCCUUGGCCGGUAAAACCUCUGACUGGAUUGGACGCCGGUACACCAUAGUACUUGCCGGAACAAUCUUCUUUAUUGGAGCUCUCCUCAUGGGUUUUGCCCCGAACUACGCUUUCCUCAUGUUUGGUAGAUUCAUUGCCGGAGUUGGAGUUGGCUAUGCUCUUAUGAUAGCUCCUGUCUACACCGCCGAGAUCUCUCCGGCCUCGUUUCGUGGCUUCCUCACAUCUUUCCCUGAGGUGUUUGUUAACGUUGGUAUAUUACUGGGGUACGUAUCCAACUUUGCCUUAGCCAAGCUCCCAAUCCACUUGAACUGGAGGAUCAUGCUCGGCAUCGGCGCAAUUCCCUCAGUUUUUCUAGCCCUCGGCGUUUUAGCCAUGCCCGAGUCACCACGCUGGCUCGUCAUGCAAGGGAGACUCGGAGACGCCAAGCGAGUACUAAAUAGAACAUCAUCUUCUGAAGAGGAAUCGCAGCUCAGACUAGACGAGAUUAAAGAAGCUGCAGGAAUCCCCAAAGACUCAAAGGAUGAGGUCGUUCAGGUUUCUAAACGCAGCCAAGGUGAGGGUAUAUGGCAGGAAUUGCUCAUUCGCCCUACGCCGGCCGUUCGCCACAUUUUAAUAGCAGCCCUUGGUAUCCACUUCUUUCAACAAGUGUCGGGUACAGACUCUGUGGUUUUGUACAGCCCCAGGAUCUUCGAGAAAGCGGGAAUCACUUCUUACAAUGACAAGCUACUUGCAACCGUGGCUGUUGGAUUUGUCAAGACCAUUGCAAUCUUGGUGGCAACAUUUCAAGUUGAUCGGUUCGGACGUCGUGCUUUGCUUUUAAGCAGCGUGGGUGGAAUGGUAGUUUCUUUUACGCUACUCGGUGUGGGUCUUACGGUCGUUGAUCAAUCCCACAGCAAUAGAAGGGCAAUGCUCAAUCAAUGUCUUGUUUUAAUUUUGGUGAGAUGGCCGAUUCCGCUGCUCUUACAACUAAGCAGUGCAAGGGAGAAGUAUUUGGGAAAGAUACUGCAAAUAAAAAAAACCCAGAGAUCGGUGCAGGCUCAAAAGGAGGAAAAUGCGCAACGUAUGCGAAUCAUUUAUGAUGAUAUGAGGGGAUUGAAUACGAUGACGAAUGUGGAGCUUAUGCACGACAUUCGUGUACUAGUGCGGAUCAACUGUUUUACGAAGCGGGCGUCUUGGAACAAUUUGCCUGAGGACUUGAAGAAGUCUAUGUUGGAUGAAUUAUCAGACGCAUUACCGGCAGUGGUGGCCUAA